AUCGGAAACAGAAUGCUUGCCAAGAUGGCGGCAACUUGCUUUAUAUUAACGAACUGUGAAAGUCAGUGUUACCGAUCAAAUUAAAUUAAAAGUAUCGAUGAUCACGCCACAUGUACAAUCGAGUCAUUAGGUAAUCAAACAACUAAUAAUAAAAAAAAACUAAAUCAAACGAUCUUCGUAAAGAUGAUGGAGAUAUUCUGCGACAUAUAUAUUAAAAAAUUAGAUUAAAAAAUUAGAAUUAGAAAAAGAAUUAAAUGGAUUGUUAUACGAGAAAAAAAUAAAAAAAAUAUAUCAGGUUCAACUAACUCGUUGUUACCUGUCUGAAAAUCGAUGUCACUUUUUUCUUCAAAGCAAAAUUGAAACUUUCAGAACUGAAAGCAGUGAAUGAUAAUGCUAAUAUGAUAAUGCUAUAAUAGAGCGUCAUUUAUGAGUUCUUUUCUUCUUCUUUUAUUAAUGGUUUAUCAAAAUAAUAAUUUGUUAGUUAAUUAAUUAAUUAAUUAAUCACAGGCAAGGAGUUUAUAUAUUUUUGACAGGUGAAAAAAACCAAAGACCUACAUAGAAGUUUUUGAGUAAUAGUUAAAAAUGUCAACAUAACUUUGACUUAGAUAAUCAAAAUCAUAAUUUUAUCGAAAUGAUUUUUUUUGGUAAUAUAAUAAUUUCAAAUAAUAUUAAGGAAAACAUCACAUAUCAUAAUAGGAUGUCCUAAUAUGUGUUAGAAGGGCCUUGUCAAUAAAAGGGUCAAGGGGCAAGACAAGGCAAGCGAGCAAAAAAUACUUAUGAAAAAAGUCCUGAACUUCGAUUUGUAUUUAAUCAAAGGUCCUUAAUUAUGAUGCCACGCCUCACUCGGCAUACACAAACGCUUAGUCAAUAGGUCGUCGAAAUACGAGUAAAUAGUUUAUAAGUAAAAUAAAAUCCUGUAGUGUUUUUAAGUGGGCUGAAAAUUAUCAUAUAUAAAUAGGUCACUGUUUAUGCGAAGGAUCUGUAGAGCCCUAUACCAAAUUUCGUAUGGCAACUUAAUAUACCAUUUUAUAACUAUGAAAAUAAAAAAGUAAUGAUUGAAAAUAGGAAUUAACCUUAAGCAUUGAUUCUUGUAUAACCGAAGAUCCUUAUUGUUACCUUUUUCCGUCGUUUCUCUCAUUUUAGAGGAUGCGGCGUCCGCGGCGUCACCGCUGGUUAACGGUGUCGGUGUUCUUCAUAGCGUACUCGGUACUGCAGGCUGUAUUCACAUCGUCGAAUGCGUCCGAACCAGCCUCUGAUGUAGAUCUUCCUGAGAAAAUUGAAAAAAUAGAAAAAGUUAUUCAGUCUACACCAGAAGGUACAACGAAACAAGCAAGUGAUUCACUGCCUUCAAAGCCCACACAAAACCCCGACGAGGUAGAGCAAAAAAUAACAGAGACGGACGAAAUGGAUGAAGAUGAAGACAAUAAAAAAAAGAUGAAAGACGCUGGUUACAAAGAAGAUGAAGAAAUGAAAAAAGAGAGGGAGAUAGAAAAGGAAAACGACGAAAAAGCUUUGGUGGCUACAGUUCAUCCGCUUAGAAAAGAUUGUACUCCACCAGCUAUUGAACAAUUCCCGAAACCGUUAAUGGGCCAAUCGGCGCGCAAGCAUGGUGGGCUGAUCAUCCACAUAUUGGUAGCAGUGUUCACAUUUAUCGGACUCGCGAUCGUCUGUGACGAGUACUUCGUGUCUAGCCUUGAUAGGAUCUGUGAAGAGUUACAGCUGGCGCCUGAUGUAGCGGGUGCUACGUUCAUGGCUGCCGGCAGCUCAGCCCCGGAGCUGGCCACUGUCGUCAUUGGCGUCUUCUGUGCACAAGAUGAUAUUGGUGUGUCUGGUGUGAUUGGUUCGGCUGUGUUCAACAUAAUGUUCGUGAUCAGCGUGUGCGCACUGUGCGCCGGCACCGUGUCGCACCUCAACUGGUGGCCUCUGUGCCGCGACUGCUUCUUCUAUGCACUCUCCAUACUCGUUAUGCUCUGCACUAUCGCCAACGGAUUCGUCUCCUGGCCUGAAGCACUGUUCAUGCUGAUCAUGUAUGGAGUAUACUGCGUAGCAUUGCGGUUCAACACAGCUUUGGAGCGUUGGGCGAUGACAUUACCUCUACCAUUCAAGCUGCCCACCAGAGAGGAGCAGGCCGCACUCGUAACUUACAAUUAUAUUGUUGAAGGAGUGCGGGAGGCGCACCGCCAGCUACGGCGCCUGGUGUGGAAGGCCAGUAUACACAGAUGGAGGGACAGACUAAAGAGACGCCUCUACAAAAUGCAACAAUCACAAGCAACACCAGCUAGUGCACAGUCCUGGCAGGACAACCAGGGUUGGGGUCAACAACAACAACAACAACCACAACAACAAACGACAGAACAAAACUCGGCUCAGACACCGACACAGAAGCCCCAACAACAACAGCAACCGCCACAGCCAGCGGCGCCAACUUAUUACAAAGCUAAAGAAUACAAUCCAGAAACUGCCGUGGAUCCCCUUGUUAAGCCUAUAGGAGCCAACCACCUGCAGCUGGCAUGCUGGUACGUGGCGUAUCCGAUUCAUUGGUCGUGCCGCCACACCAUGCCCGACUGCCGCGGCCGCUGGUAUCCUAUCACCUUCAUCGUCUCCAUGCUCUGGAUUUCAUUCUACUCCUACUUCAUGGUCUGGAUGAUUACCAUCAUCGGCUUAGUCUACUCAACACUGUCGUUGUUUUCGACGGUGAUAUUCCUAGUGGUAGCGACACACGCUAACGGCUGGAAGCUAGAUCGCAAGUACGGCGCCGUCCUGAUGGUAUGGUACGUGCUAUUCAUCACGUUCGCGAGCCUCUACGAACUGAACGUUUUCGGCAUGUACAAUCCACCGGACUGUAUCUCCACUUAUUAA